AUGACGAAGAAGCGUAACCCUCUGGAAGAUCCACCGACGGCGUCCUCAAGCGACGACGACGAAAUGGAGACUUCCGGCGCCGAAUCCGAAGAAGUUUCCUCAUCCGACGACGAAGAACCCAAAGAUCCCGCCGUCAAACCUCCUUCCUCCGCCGUCACAAUCGCCGUCCCUGGUAAACCCACCGUCUCCGCCGCGAAGAAAGCCUCCGAUUCCGAAUCUGGAUCCGAGACCGAGACCGACUCCGACUCCGAAUCGAAUCCUCCCCCGACUCAAGGAUCCGUCAAAUCCCUCGCCGCAACCACCGUCCCCUCCGCCGCGAAGCCCAAGAAGAAUCAAGCCUCAGCCUCCGCCGCAGUACCUCCCCCGGCGGCGAAAUCUGGAGCCAAGCGUCCGAGCGAAGGCACUUCGAGAGAAACCAAUUCGAAGCGAGUGAAGAAACCCACUUCUGGAGACGACGAGAAGAAGACCGGAGAAGACUCCAAAAAGCCAGCUUUCCAGAGACUGUGGACUGAAGACGACGAGAUCACAAUCCUUCAAGGUAUGAUCGAUUUCAAGGCUGAUAAAGGGAAGUCGCCGUACGAAGACACAACCGCUUACUAUGAUUUCGUCAAAGGCUCAAUCAGCUGCGUGGUCACUAAGAAUCAAUUCAUGGAUAAACUCAGGAGCUUGAAGAAGAAGUACAUGAACAAGGAGAAGCCUGUUUUCACCAAGCCUCACGAUCAGAAAUCUUACAAGCUCUGCAAGUACAUUUGGGGAUCUGAUGGGUUAGCUCUUGAAUCGGCUGUGAAAUCAAACGGCGUGUCUAAGAAGAAGAGUAGCAAGAAGAAGCUUGACUCUGUGAAGCAAGAACUUGUCUUUGGCUCGCCUAAUGGUAAACAGAAAGCUGUGGAGGAAGAUGAAGUGGCUGGAGAUGAUGUGGUUUCGUUGGCUGUUGCUGUGAAGAAGCCUGAUUGGUUUGAGAGCUCGUUUCUUGUUCGUGCUAUCGCUGGUUUGGGUGUGGAUGAGGGGUAUGUGAAGGAGAGGUGGGGAUUGGUUCCUGUGGAGAUGAAGAAGAAGGUUGAAGAGAAAGUGAAGGCCUUGCAGGUUAGGGAGUUCGAGUUUGUGUUGGAGAAGACUGAGUUUUUGCAUGAGGUUACUUCUAUGAUCGCUGAAGCAACUAAGGACAUGCCAUUGAUGUGA